AUGGUAGAAGUGAACGUCAAAGGAGCCAAGAAGACCUUCACCAAGAAGAAAAAGAAGUUACAAAAGGUCGAUAGAGGCAAAAAGCCAGCAGUUGGCGAACGCAAAGCUCUACGGAAGAGAGUCGUACUCAGUAACACCAACGCAUUAGAAGUGGAAGGCUUGAAGGACAUCACCGCUCAAUCAAUGAUCGAUGACAGUCUACGUGGGCACGUCUUAGCUAUACCAGGACCGGUGGUGGAUCAAUUGAGGGCUGUCGAGGCAUUCAAGGUCACACAGGGAUGGCCGCUGUUCAGGAGGCCGUCCAUGCUGAUCAGGAAGGAUACGUUGGAUAUGGCGACGGAGAUUGAAAAUAUAAGCCUGGGAAUAGGGGACAAGACCAUUAGACGGGUGUUUGUGGGGGAGAGAGGGAGCGGGAAGACGACGAUGCUGCUGCAAGCUAUGACGAUGGCCUUUUUGAAAGACUGGGUCGUAAUCAACAUCCCACAAGCCCAAGACCUCAUCCUCGCCCAAACAGAGUACGGGCCCCUCCCCUCCACCACCCCAACCCUCUACACCCAACGCACCUACACCGCCUCCCUCCUUAACGCCAUAUCCCGCGCAAACCCUAUCCUCCAAACCCUACAGCUCUCCCAACCGCCUGCGGAAAAUGAGAUCCCUAUUCCCGUUCCUCCGAACAUCUCUCUCUCGCGUCUCGCUCUCCUCGGUGCUGAAGACCCUGAGAUCGCUUGGCCCAUAUUCGAACUGCUAUAUCGGGAACUCACACUCCCGGACCGACCACCAUUGUUGCUGUGUAUGGAUGGACUGGCGCAUGCGAUGAGGAACACCCAUUACAUAUCGAACACGUAUCAGCCAAUCCACGCCCACCAAUUCACCAUCAUCAAAUGGUUCCUCGACCACCUCUCCGGUACCUCACCCCUCCCAAACGCCGGCCUCGUCCUCGCCUCGACCUCCGAAUCCAACAGCCCCGUCGUCCCCGCCCUGAAACUCGCCCUCGGCCAACUCGAGGGCAACUCCGCCGUGCGGAAAGAUCCCUUCGCCAAGUACGACGAGCGGGUCCUCGGGGUGUUCGAAGGGGGCGGGGUGGAGGUGAAGCGGAUGGGCGGGCUGAGCAAGGAGGAGGCGAGGGGCUUGAUGGAGUAUUGGGCCCUCAGUGGCGUCGUGAGGCAGAGGGUUGACGACGGGUUCGUGGGGGAGAAAUGGUGUCUGAGCGGCGGUGGCUGCGUGGGCGAGUUGGAAAGGGCGGUCGUCAGGAUGAGGGUGUAG